UUUCAUCCUCAGGAAUGCUGCUAGUUAAACAACCGACGAAGUCAAGAGUAAGACCCACGUGAACUGGUAUCUUCUACCACUUCUCUCCGACUCGAUCCUUCAGCUUCACAGAAGCUCUCUCUCGCCCAACCCUAGAUCGCAGCUGGUGACAGCCGACGAAUAACACAAUAUCUUAUUGAGUUCCUCUUCGGUCAGGCAUGGCAUUUAGAACAAUGAUACCUCACUCUCGCCCCCACCUUGCAGCCGCACAUUCCGUAACUGCACACGUCUUCACUGCUUCGAAUUGCUGUACGAAAAGCUCGCCAUUGCCCAUCAGGUUGGUGCAGAUAAACAGUAUAAAAGCUAGGAGAUAUCUGGGAUUGCAAACAAAUACAGAAAAGGAAAGGAUAAGAUCUCUCAGGACAACAUCACCAUCAUCAUCAUCAUUGGCUGCAGCGAGCGUGCAGGAGAAUCUUCCCCCGUCCUUGGAGGCCACUUCCGAACCACCUCCUCUAUUUGAUGGAACUACGAGGUUGUACAUUGCUUACGUUUGCCCAUUUGCACAGCGUGCAUGGAUCACCCGAAAUUAUAAGGGAUUACAAGACAGUAUCAACUUAGUUGCAAUUAAGCUUCAAAGCAGGCCUGCUUGGUACAAGGAGAAAGUCUAUGCUGCAAACACGGUGCCAUCGUUGGAACACAAUGGAAAAAUCAUAGGAGAGAGUCUCGAUGUAAUUAAAUAUCUAGACAGCAACUUUGAGGGGCCUCCUCUUUCAUCCAAUGAUCCAGCUAAAAAGGAGUUUGCUGAAGAGUUGAUAGCCUACACUGACACCUUCACCAAGACAAUUUUUUCAUCAUUCAAAGGAGACCCUAUAAAAGAAUCUGGCCCUGUUUUUGAUCACAUAGAAGAGACUCUUCAUAAGUUCGAUGAUGGGCCAUUCUUCUUGGGACAAUUCAGUUUGGUGGACAUAGCUUAUAUCACAUUUUUUGAAAGAUUCCAAAUCUUCUUCUCAGAGGUGUGGAAGCAUGACAUCACAGCAGGCAGGCCUAAACUUGCGAAAUGGAUCGAGGAGGUAAACAAAAUCGAUGCUUACAAGCAAACAAAGAUUGAUCCCAAUGAGCAUCUUGAAACCUUCAAGGCUCGCUUUCUGGCCAAGUAAGCAUUGAACGUUCCAGCACACGUCUUCUGGACUUCGGAGCAAAAUAAGUGGCGUUGUGCGUCUACGUUAUGUUUCUUUGUAUAAUAAAUGGUAUGUGUGUAUGAGUUUUGUGCUUAUGUACUACUGGUCGAAGAUGUGAGCUACUUGUCUCCGUGUAUGUAUACAUGUACGAAUGAUAAUAUUCACAAGAAUUUAAUUAA